GUAGGGCGUUUGUUUGCAACUCUGGAUUCAUCAGGUAUGUCUCAGCCAGCAGCAAUUCAAGUUACGAUUAUUAUUAGCAAAGAGUUGCGGAUUCUUUACAGAAUCCGUGCAGCAUCCAUUUAUCACGGAUGCAUGGGCAAGCAUUUGGUGUGGAUGCUGUGGUCCUUGCUGGUCCCGACAGGAGGCCUUCAAAGCAUCUCUUGGAAGAGCUGCUGCAGGUUUGAUGGCCGGAAGCCAGCGAUCUGCUGGGAGUGCCUGUGGGAGUGCCUGUGGGACUACAUGGACCAAAAUCCAAUGCCGCACCCGAUGCGAUUCGAACGCACGCGGGGAAACCCCACCGCCUUAGCAGGGCGGCGCCUUAACCACUCGGCCACAGGAGGCCUUCAAAGCAUCUCUUGGAAGAGCUGCUGCAGGUUUGAUGGCCGGAAGCCAGCGAUCUGCUGGAAGUGCCUGUGGGAGUGCCUGUGGGACUACAUGGACCAAAAUCCAAUGCCGCACCCGAUGCGAUUCGAACGCACGCGGGGAAACCCCACCGCCUUAGCAGGGCGGCGCCUUAACCACUCGGCCACAGGUGCACAGCAAUCUGCAAGCUCCAGAUUGCUGCUGAAGUUGAGCUAA